CGUCCGUCUCCUGUGCUUCCCCCCUGUACGAGCCGUUAAACGUAUUAUUAUUAUUUCUUUUUAGUAACAUCACUGACAUCUCGGGAGACACGGUGUAGGUGGACCUCAAGGACUAGUGGGUGCCUCUCUGUCUUGUGACAUCCCUCUCUCUGUGUCUCUCCGUCACUCCUGGAGUCAUGAUGCCCUCCCUGCUGAGUCGCCAACUGGCUCUCCUGCUGCACAACCACCUCCGCCUCACUGCACCAGGCUGCAGGUAUGUUAGCAAGGCAGCAACCAAGACCCAAAUGGAGUUUGACUAUGAUGGACCCUCCAUGAAGACACAGGUCCCUGGGCCACGUUCGCAGGAGCUGACGAAACAGCUGGGAGAUAUCCAGAACGUUGCUGCCAUAAACUUCUUCUGCAACUAUGAGGAGAGCAGGGGCAACUAUCUGGUGGAUGUGGAUGGCAACCGAAUGCUUGAUGUCUACACUCAGAUCUCCUCCAUCCCAAUUGGGUACAAUCAUCCUGCCCUUCUGAAAGUGAUGUCCAACCCCAGCAAUUUGAGUGCUUUCAUAAACCGACCAGCCCUUGGAAUCCUGCCGCCUGAAAACUUUCCAGAUAAACUUACCGAAAGCCUCCUAUCAGUGGCUCCCAGUGGCAUGACUCGUGUUCAGACCAUGGCCUGUGGCUCCUGCUCCAAUGAGAAUGCAUACAAAGCCAUGUUCAUCUGGUAUAGGAACAAGGAGCGAGGAUACAAAACACCAUCUGAUGAAGACCUCAAUACAUGCAUGAUCAACCAGGUGGGAUGCCUGGCGACAACGCACUCAAAAGCAAUUCACAAGCUGGACGUGCCGUCUUUCGACUGGCCCAUCGCCCCCUUCCCCAGGCUUCAGUACCCGCUGGAAGAGUUCACCAGGGAGAACGCACAGGAGGAGGCCCGGUGUCUGGAGGAGGUGGAGGAUCUGAUUGUGAAGUGGAGACAGAAGGGGAAGCCUGUGGCAGGCAUUGUAAUCGAGCCAAUCCAAGCUGAAGGUGGAGAUAACCACGCCUCACCAGCAUUCUUCAAGAGCCUCCGCAACAUUGCCCGCAAACAUGGCUGUGCAUUCCACGUGGAUGAAGUCCAGACAGGUGGAGGGGCCACGGGGAAGUUCUGGGCCCAUGAGCAUUGGGGCAUGGAGGACCCUGCUGACAUUGUCUCCUUCAGUAAGAAACUCCUGACUGGAGGGUACUACUACAAAGAUGAGCUGCAGGCUGACAAGCCAUACCGUAUCUUCAACACGUGGAUGGGCGACCCCUCAAAGAAUUUAUUACUGGUUGAGGUCCUCAAUGUGAUUCGCAGAGAGAACCUUCUGGAAGAGGUGACACGGUCCGGGAAAGCCUUGCUACAGGGGCUAUGUGAACUACAGGCCCGGUAUCCCAACCUACUGAGCCGAGCUCGGGGACAGGGAAGCUUCUGUGCCAUUGACGUCUGUGAUGAUCCCACACGCAACGACAUCAUCCUUAAGGCCAGAAACAAGGGUGCUCUCCUGGGAGGCUGUGGUGAUCGAUCAAUUCGUUUCCGCCCGGCGCUGGUUUUCAAGGAGUACCACGUGCACAUGUUCCUCAACAUCUUCAAUGACGUGUUGGCUCAGUUCAAAUAGAGAAUCCUGCCCCAACAGGAAACUGUCCGAGCUGGGACGCAGGAAUAGAAGCACAAGGAAGGGAUCUGUUUUCGUGGCCAAUUCUGUUUCACCACUUUGCUUCCUAGCAAAAAAUGAGAUAUUCAUUCUGCUUUUAUGCAUGAUGUCUUAAAGAGGUUAUACAGUUUAAAUGAGAGUUAAUUUAGACAGUUGGAAAUGAAUCAAACAAUAGCUGAGUUUUCACAGAAUGUUCACGGUGGCCUGUACAUUACUAUCGCUGAUGCCAUAAUUAUGAAAUUAAGCUCUUUAUAGCAUUUUUGACAUUUUUGUUGAUAGAUGAACACUGACCAGUUUAAGGCCAUGGCAGUAAUAUGAAUAAAGACUGCUAUUAUUCAGUUUCCCUCCAGCCCAUAUUUCUUUAAUGAGGCAGAUAUAGUGCAAUUUUUCUUACAUGUUGAUGAACACUGUUAUUCUCUCCUUGCCAACUGAAACCUCUGAACUGCUUAGCAGCUAUAGCACAGUUUUAGAUAUAAUACUUAAGGUAACAGAGGAAAGUGAUCAAAAGGGAGGAUCACUGCUCCUAUUUGACCUUGAAUUCCCAGAACAAUAUUCCUUUUAGCUUGAAAUGUUUUUCUUUCACAUUUUGCAGCUUAUCAGAUCGGCUAUGUGACCCACAGUAAGUAAAAUUGUUAUGGUCAAAAAGCUUGUAUUCAUAAUAUCAAGGAAACACUUUGAACACAGUUGAAAAAGUAAAAGUACGUCAGUGCAGAUUUUGGACAUGAGUGCAUCCUUGUUUUUCCCAUGCCAGUACAGUCCUAAUGGGGAUUCCUUUCAGACCAGCCAUGAUACAUGUGUGGAAACCAGCCUCUUUAGUCUUGGUCAAAACAUAUUAUCUGUACAAGGAAUGAUAGCCUAAUGUUCAACACAGUGUGAUUCUUUACAAACCCAAAUCUGUUUUUGUAAAAGCUGAGAUGCCAACCCACAUGUCAUCAAAUCUUGUCACUUUUGAAAUGUACCCAUUCUACUUUUGUAUUUCACGUAUUGCAUUUUUGUUUUUGUUUUUUUUGGG